AUGAAUAAAAAACAAAACUUAAUGGGAAUGACCACGACAGUCAUCUUCAAGUCCUUUCAAAUGCAAACCAAAGUUGGAAAACAAGACAUGAAAGAAAUUGUCGAAAUAAAGAAUCAAAAGAUACGCAAAGAGAGACAAUCAGCACACACAAAAACCAGCUCAGCAUCAGCAGAAUGCGAAAGAAGUUGGUAUACUUAUAAAUAA